AUGCCGCCCACCAAAACACCCAACUCCCAGUCCCAAACACCAACCGGCCCAAUCCUUCUACCGCAUCCUCAUCUCAUGCCAUCCUCCUCGUUGAAAGUCGGAAUGACCAAUGUCGUCCUGGGCAACACAAAUCCCCAGUCAUUAGGUUGGAUAUUUCAUCGGCCGUUACGCAGCACCUAUCCAGAAUGGACGGCUGGUCUACAUAUUCCGCACCGUGGAAACGCUGAAUCGCAGGAAAUCGGACAACCGUCGGUAAAUGCAGAACGCCAGGAUGCUACGCUAUUAUGCAUAUGCUUCGUUAGGAAGCUCAAAAGGAAGUUUGAAGAGACCAAAUAUCGAGGGUGGAACCGAUUAUUGGCCUGGAUAUCAUCAUAA